CGGAAGUUCCGGUUUGGGUAAAAACCACACUGCUAGCUAGCUUCUAGCUACAAAUCGGUGGCAGGUGAGAGCUUACCACACAACAGCCUGCUGUCGUCAAGCGAAGGAAAAAAAGUAGCAAGACGCCGAAACUGAAUGGCUGAGGGCUCCUCAGACCCACCAAAUUUCAGUCAAGAUGGGACGUCACUUCAGAAAACGCACCAGCAAAGAUCUAGAAGAGGCCGCCCUCGACACAAUGGCAGAAAUCUGAGCUGUAAUUAUGAAGAAGCACCCCAACAAUACGGACACUUCAAUGAAGGGUUUGAAUAUAAUUCCAACUACGUAGAAGCCCACCAUCCUCCAUUCCAGGGGGAGGAUACAGCUCGAAGGAGAGGCAGAGGAAGAGGAAGGAGAGAAGGAGACAGAGGUUUGAAGGGAAAUCCAGAUGGUUCGUCAUGGCGGCAAAGAUCUGGUCAUGAGUUUGGACAGCACGGUUCAAGCAGCAGGUAUUCAGGUGGCUACCAGUCAGGUGUGCAUCCUGUGGAUGGACUUGAUGGAUCCAACUGGAGGAAUGGUAACAGGAAUCUGGAGAAAGGCAACGAGCAGUUUAAAAAGAAUAGAGGUGUCGAUCAGAGGGAGAGAAACCUUCACUUUAAAGCAGCAGAUCAGAGGCACAGCACCAAAGGAGAAACCACUGAAAGAACUCAGCAGAACAAGUCGGGCCCCAAGCUUCACCAUCAUGAGAAUCAGAAGAAAGAGGUGGAGGUUAAGCGACGCCAAGGACCCAUCAAACCACCCAAACCCCCAAGUCAAGAAGCAGGCGGUGAGAGGGGGGCCAGCGCCCAGGUCGAACCCGAUCAGAGCCGACCCGCUCAAGAUUCAAGCGGUCCACCUCUUCAGGCCAAAGGCGGUAAAAGAUUUAAUCAGCGGAACCACAAGCCGGGCCGCCAGAGCUGGGAUCAGAUGCCGAAGAGCAAAGAGACUCAGACUGGCUGCCUGAUUGAACAGCUGACGGAGGAGAAGUACGAGUGCAUGGUGUGCUGUGACGUCAUCCGGGUCAUGGCCCCGGUGUGGAGCUGCCAGAGCUGCUUCCACGUCUUCCACCUGAACUGCAUCAAGAAAUGGGCUCGAUCCCCGGCCUCACAGGCGGACGACUCGACUGACGGCUGGCGCUGUCCGGCCUGUCAGAACGUGGCGCUGAAAAGCCCCGCGUCCUACACCUGCUUCUGUGGUAAAGUGACAAACCCGGAGUGGCGUCGGAGUGAGAUUCCCCACAGCUGUGGGGACAUGUGUGGGAAGCGGAGAGGCGGCGGUGGCGACUGCAACCAUCCCUGCAACAUAUUGUGUCACCCUGGACCUUGUCCUCAGUGUCCCGCCUUUGUGACCAAAUCCUGCAUCUGUGGAAAAACGAGUCAGCCGAUGCGCUGCGGUCAGGCCGCCGUUCUCCGCUGUGACCGGGUUUGUGCUGCCGUACUUAACUGUGGCGAGCACUCGUGCACGCAGCGGUGCCACGCUGGACCUUGUGAGCCCUGCCAGCUGCAGAUCCAGCAGGUCUGCCACUGCGGCGUGACCACGCGGGAAGUCCCGUGCGGCACAGAUACUGACAGUUCGGGACAUUUCUCCUGUCAGAACCCGUGUGGGAAGAAGCUGGCGUGUGAAACUCACGAGUGCCAGCAGGUCUGCCAUGGCGGGGCGUGCCAGCCCUGCCCACGCUCACCCAGCCUGGUGAAGACGUGUCCCUGCGGGCAGACCGCGCUCAGCAAGCUGCUGGAGCUGGGAUACGCCGAGAGGAAAACCUGCUCCGAUCCCAUCCCGUCCUGCGGGAAGACCUGCUACAAACCUCUGGCCUGCGGCUCCAGCGAGACGAUUCAUUUGUGUCAGAAUUUGUGUCAUGAGGGCAGCUGUGGGCCCUGCGCCCUCACCUCCACGGUCAGGUGUCGCUGCGGCUUCAAAACGAAGGAAGUUCCGUGUGCUCUAAUCCAAUCGGAAGAGGAGCUCCUCUUCACGUGCGACAAACGCUGCAACAAGAAACGCUCGUGCGGCCGGCACAAGUGUGGCGAGCUUUGUUGUGUGAACGUGGAGCACAAAUGUCUCCUGAUCUGUGGCUACAAGCUCAACUGUGGCCUCCACCGCUGCCAGGAGCCCUGUCACCGUGGAAACUGUGAACCCUGCUGGCAGUCCAGUUUUGACGAGCUGACGUGUCACUGCGGGCUCACUGUGCUGUACCCCCCCAUCCCCUGUGGGACGAAGCCGCCAGAAUGCAAGAACACGUGUACCAGAAGACACGAAUGUGAACAUCCAGUGUUUCACAAUUGCCACACUGAGGACAAAUGCCCCCCGUGCACAUACCUGACUCAGAAAUGGUGCAUGGGAAAACACGAGCAACGCAGCAACAUCCCGUGUCACCUGCAAGACAUUUCCUGCGGCCUGACGUGCAACAAGCCGCUGGCGUGUGAAAUGCAUCGCUGCAAGCGGCUCUGCCACCGCGGAGAGUGCCUGCCAGACGGCGGCUGCCAGCAGCCCUGUGCGCUCCCGCGUCCGGACUGCGGCCAUCCAUGCUCCGCCCCCUGCCAUACAGGCAGCAGCUGCCCACGCACCACCUGCACCGCCAAGGUGGCGCUACAGUGCGACUGCGGUCGCAGAAAGGAAAUGGUGGCGUGUGCCGAUGCAGCAACUUCCUAUCAGAGGUACGCAGCCAUCGCCAUGGCGAGUAAACUGUCCGACAUGCAGCUGGGUGACUCCAUGGACAUGGGCCCCCUCCUCACCAAGAAGGAGCUGAAGCAGACGAGGCUGGAAUGUGACGAAGAGUGCGCCACUUUGGAGAGAAACCGGCGUUUGGCAGAAGCCCUACAGAUAGACUCGACUUCCGACCCCUUUAACACCCGCUCCACCUCCGUGUACAGCGACAGCCUCAAGGAAGAUGCCAGGAAAGACCUAAAGUUUGUCACAGAAGUUGAGGAGGAGAUCAGGAAUAUCGUCGAGCUUGCUAAUAAGGGGAAGCAGCCCAAGAGGAGCCACUGCUUCCCCCCGAUGAACCGGGAGCACCGGAAAAUCGUCCACGAGCUCGCCGAGGUCUACGGCGUGGAGAGCGUGAGCUACGACAGCGAGCCCAAACGCAACGUGGUCAUCACGGCGCACAAAGGGAAGUCGGCCUGUCCCAACUCCAGCCUGACGGCGGUGAUAGAGCGGGAGACGGCGGUGAGGGCCCCGCCUCCCAUCGCUCAUAUCAAGCAGCAGAGCAGCAGAGCGGCGAGUGGAAGCAGCUGGUCCACGGCGCUCAAAGAGGAGCCAGUGAUCGACUACUUCGACGUCCAGGACUGAAAAUAUUCAAACUGAAUAAAGAACUGCCUCCAUGUCUGCUUCAUUUUUCAUUCAAAUUGAUCACUAAUAAAGUGGAUUCUUCAUUUCAGA